GUUAGCAAAGGGGAUGUAGCUCAAAUGGUAGAGCGCUCGCUUUGCAUGCGAGAGGCACGGGGUUCGAUCCCCCGCAUCUCCAGUUUUUCUUUUACACGAGCGAGUUAUUUUGGGAUUUAUUUUUUUUAUUUCCAUUUUCUAAAAGCCGUUUUCUUUGACUGCCGGUAAAUGGGCCACCGUCUGACACCCGCGGCACCGCCGCCAUUCACUCUCUCUGGUUACUCCCAUUCAAGGCACAUUUGAUCUGACUUUUCACGUAUUUACGAAAAUGGAAAGUCCGAUGGCUACAGAGCUCUACGAUUCAAGGAUUAAUUACCGGAAGGGGGAUGCGGAGUCGCCGAGACCGCCGUCGAGUGGCGGUGGUUUCGAUUUCGGCGGCAGUGACCGGAGAUUCGCAUUUUCACGGCAAGCGUCCUUUCAACAAUCGAACAGUUUCUCGAAGCCUCUUCUUAUGCGGAACGUCUCGAGCAUCGAUAUACCGGACAUCUACUAUCGAGAUUCGUCCGAGAGGUUUCCUGCGGAAUCGAAGAUCUCUGACGAUAAAUUUUCGGCUUCUUCCCUGAUAUCCGCUGUUUUUAGGGGCGUCACAUCGGGAAACAAGCCGAUGAGGAGGCUGUUUCUGUUGAUUUCACUGAAUGUAGCUUAUUCUACCGUUGAGUUAUGCGUUGGCCUUUUUUCAGGCCGAGUAGGUCUGGUCUCCGAUGCAUUUCACUUGACAUUUGGUUGUGGUCUCUUAACAUUUUCAUUGUUUGCAAUGGCUAUUUCCAGGAAAAAGCCUGAUGGUACCUACACAUAUGGGUACAAGAGACUUGAAGUUUUGUCUGCUUUCACCAAUGCUCUCUUUCUAUUGUUUUUGUCGUUCUCCCUAGCUGUUGAAGCACUUCAUGCAUUCAUACAAGACGAAUCCGAGCACAAGCAUUACUUGAUAGUUUCCGCCGUUACCAACUUGCUGGUGAAUCUCAUUGGUGUUUGGUUCUUCAGAAACUAUGCUCGCAUUAAUCUUGUGUAUAGGAAGGCCGAAGAUAUGAAUUACCAUUCAGUUUGUUUGCAUGUUAUCGCUGAUUCCAUCCGCAGUGCAGGUUUGAUCUUAGCCUCCUGGUUGUUGGCAUUAGGGGUGAAGAACGCUGAAGUUCUUUGCCUAGGAAUGGUUUCAGCUGCAGUUUUUUUGCUUGUCAUGCCACUAUUCAAGGCUACGGGAGGAAUUCUUCUCCAGACAGCACCUUCCUAUGUAUCUUCUUCUGCAUUUAACAAAUGCAGGCGACAGGUUACCUCUCGUGAAGAUGUUUCAGAACUAUUUCAAGCCCGAUUUUGGGAGAUGGUGCCAGGGCAUGCCAUCGGAUCAAUUUCAGUGCAGAUGAAGAAUGGAAUGGAUGAUGAGGUGGUGCUCCAAUAUGUGCGUGAUCUGUACCAUGAUCUCGGGGUACAGGAUUUAACCCUACAGAUUGAUUAUGCUUCAUGAUACACUAUGAGGUAUUCUAGCAGGCUGGCUACUUGUGAUUUUGCUUUUAAAUGUAGCUUUAAAAUAUUUCACGGAGUUUAAGUAUAAUAUUUGUUUACGUAUAAUGUGUUGUACUACUCGAGAAAUAUAAGGCUAGUUUUUUUUCUUUUUUUUUGGAGAGAAAAUGUAAAACGCCGCUUUGGGUGUUUGAAUUAUACUCCGUACUACGGAGUAUGUAGCAAGGUUGGGGAUGACAAUGCAAAAUGGCUUACUAAAGUCAUUUUUUAAAACAAGAAUAAUGGUAUUGCAUUGUC